AUGGCUCCUGAGACAGCAAGCAUUGCUUACCAUAUCGCUUUCCAAAUAAGCAAAAAGUCUCCCAAAGCCGGGACAACAGCCCCGAUUGCCGAAUGGGAGCACCCGAUAUACAUUCGUCCGUUGCGCGUGGAACGCGCCCCAGUCCUCGUGCCAGGAGAAAGCAAAUUCUAUUGCCUGCGGCGAGAGGUUACAAUUACCCGGGGUCUUUCCGGAGCACACCAGGGUGUUCUGUCAGCCCAAGCAGUCCAGCCCACCGCGAUAGCGCCAAAUGAAACCCCUUUCCGCCUGGUACCCAUCGACCUACAAUACAGAGCCCUCUCUGGUGCCCCUCCGCCCAAACUGUCAGCAAUCAAAGUCGAACUCCAAGCGAUCACUUUCUUCGGCGCCAAAUCUUGGUCAGACUUUCCCGACCUGACAGAUCCGGUAACCUGGGGCCGCCACCAGAACCAUUAUACAUACCCGGUAUCGUUGGCAGACAUGCAGCCCGGCCCGCUGAAGUGGCAGCAGAAGAACACAGAUGAUGAAACCUCGCCGAUCUUCAGAUCCACAAUCCAGGUGCCCGUGGAGCUUCCUGGUAAGUUCGACUACUCUCCAACUUUCAACCACUGCUUCAUCUCCCGGGUGUAUGCUUUGAAGGUUGAUAUAUGUUAUCGGGCCCCGGGUGGGUGGGGAAGAAACCGAGUGUCCUUGACUGUUCCGCUGCAGAUACUAUAA